UUGGGCUACUUAUCCGAUGAGUUCGAGGAACAUUCGUCAAGCAGCCAUCUUCGGUCGGUAUCUCCGCAUGUUCCUAGCAGUGGUACUCGGUCUCCUCGACGAACCAGCAAAUCACCACGACCGCAGAACAACAGCACAGAAACAGACGAAAACACUUCGCCGCAGUGCAAUGUUAUCAAGGAUUCAAGACCGGAUAUAAUUGCUUGGCCAACACCGCCUAAUGCAGCAAAUGGGAACAACAGCAGCAAUACUGGGAGUGGCCAGGAUCGUUUCUCUGAAGAACCUACAAAACUACUUUCUAUCCUGAAAGUCACAUCAUCAAGUGCACCAAGAGGAAGAGAAAGCGAACUAAAGAAGAAGAUACAAACACUUGAAGAUACGGUCGCUGAGUAUGAACGGCAAAAAUACAAUGUUAUGGGCACAUUCAGUGAAUAUAGGGAACGCGUGGCGGAAAGGGAAAGGAAGUUGGAAGCAGAAUAUUCCAGCAAAAUUAUAGCACUUAGCGAAGAGGUACUUGGGGCAAAGAAAGAUUUUGAAGCUCGAAUGAAAAGCUUUCAAGCGCUACAGGAUAAAUUUGAGCGUGAAAAAGAACAAGCGCUUGAAAAACUGCGGCAGGAACAUCAAAAAGAAAUACAACUGUUGGAGCAGCGCUUUUCCGAAUCACAGUUGCUUAAUUUGGAACAAAAGUAUAUGAUUGAAAUUCAACGGCUAGAGGAAGAGCGUAAAAGUUUGAAAGCAGAAAAGGAGCGACUAGGCGAAACAUUCGAAACGAAACUACGUAGGGCUCAGAGUUUAUACGAAACUGAGCUAACGGCUGCUAAGAUGCUCUAUUCAAAGGAGCUUGAGGCGUUGCGUGAUCACGAAGAGGCUCUAAAGGAGGAACUUCUUGCAAGGCAGGAUGAAUUUCAUGAUCGUCUGCAGGAGCUGCAGCACCAAACGAAGCGAAGUCGUGAAGAACUGGCCACCUGUAAAAACGAGGUGACUGCUCUUGAAAAACGACUACAAGUGAAAGAAGCGGAAGUUGUCGCCAUAUCGAAAGAGGUAAGCACUGAAAAUUUUUGA